GUGGUCUUACGUCGUGUGUAUCACAUGACUAAAGACAUCACAGCACCAGGGAAGAGUCCGCUGUGGAAGUGCAUUGUCCGCAUGGUGGACAAGAAGGCCAACGGCGUUUAUCUUGAAUUUCGAAGUUACAAAGGCAAGGCUGACCUGGAAAAGCAAGCCAAGAUGUGCUGUGAGAAUAAGUUUGUGGUCGUGCAAGGUUUGCUACUCAGUCAGAACAACAAGUUCUUGGGCGGCUUCUGCGCCGACAUGAGCAACAGAGCUUCGAAGGAGUCCAUCGAAGUGGUGUUGCAGAAUGUCUGGGUGACGGAAGUGACCGGGUGGCCAGUCUAUACUCCUUGUAGUGAGUGUCACACCAAGAUCGAUCCAGAGAGUGGUGAGUGCAAGAAGAAGAGCACUGGGUGCGCGUCCACCCCUGCAUCGGAAGUCAAGGUCCUGGCGACUCUGAAUCUGAGCGACCCAACCGGUUGCGUGGAGAAGGUUUUGGCCGAUGAGGAAGCUCUGUGCGUCAUGACCAACAUCAAACUGGAGGAGAAGGCCAAGCUGGUGAAAAUGUUGGAAAGGCAUGGGGUGCAAUUUCUUUGUUUUCGUCAACCCGUGGAUGUCCGUUUAGGGACGGCCCCAUACAUGACAAAGAGUCGCAGGGAUAAGGGCGCGGCACUUGGAACGCAAGACACAGAAACGCAGACGGUCUUUGCUGCGGAGAGUCAGUUUCAAGUCUUAGCUGCCAAGCCGUGCUUUGCCGUGGGCUUCAAGGAUGAUGAGCGACCCUCGCUGCGGAAAAUUCUCAGUCACGGACAGCAGCAGCUGGUGAACUGUGUUUAUCCCAUCAAGUGCGUCUACCAAGAUGUGAGUUACUCCAGCUUGGGCAUCAUCGUCAACGAUGCCCCAAUUCAUCCGAGCUAUGUCAGCAUUGUGGCAAAGGCUUGGAGCGAACCGACACCCCAGCCGAUUGGACAGGGCGAAAACCAGCAUGUCUUGAUGGUGCAUGAGGAGGUCACCCCAUACCCCAAUGGUAGCAAGUUCCGAGUGGAAGCUGUCUGCAGCAUUGCAGAAUGUCACAUCUUCAACAUGGGCAACCUGGAGCCUCGACUACUCGUCGGUCGCUUGACGCGGGACGGCAAGGAAGGACAGGUCACUCUGUUGGCAGAAAGGGCUUUUCCAUGCACCAGUGAACAAGCCCAGGUUUUGGACCAAGAGCGCGAUGCCAUUGGGCACUGGUCAGAGGGAACCCAGAUCCACACGGUUUCGAAGAAGCGGCCAGCGGACGACUUGGUGACUCCAACACCGUUGAAGAGAAUGUCGGGCGCAUGGGCUGCUCCUUGA